AUCUCGCGUGCGCGCACGAGAGAAAGAGAGAGAGAGAAAAACCCUGUGAGAAAAGGACAGAGGGUGGCGCGCGGCGGGCAGAAGGGAGGGCAAGUAAGAGCGUGAGAAGGGGGGAGAAAGAGGGAAAGAGAGCAGCGAAUUCGCGAGUUAUCGCAGCGAGAGAGUACGGGCGAACGAACGAAGCAGUGAAUAUAUAUAUUUCCAUAUCGUGCGACGUGUUGUCCGUUUCGCAGAAAUACCCAAAGGAUAAGUUAGGGGAAGACCCGGAGCGGCCGUUCACGCGCGCCUGCCCGCUCGCGCUCCGCGAGAGAGAGGCUCCGUCGCCGUCGCCGUCGCCGUCAUCGUCAUCGUCGUCGUCGUCGUCGUCGUUCUCCUCCUCCUCCUCCUCCUCUUCUUCGCCGUACGUAAGGAUAGUGUGCGCGGGGCCCCGCGCGAUUGCGCUCUCGUCUACUAUUCGCUUUCGUCGCCAGCUCCGAUUGGACGUCACCAUCAUCGAGGACCACCGCCACCGUCCCGUCAUUGUCCCACGGUGCGGUGUAUCCGAUAUCUUUUCCGCCUGCUUACGGCGAAUGUGGAAGCUUAACGGCGUGUUACGGCUGCCGAGCCACCGCCGUCGUCGCUGCCGCUACUGUGCAUCUCGCCGUGCGUCCGCGUCGAUACUCAACAACAUCGUUUGGAGUACGACGAGCACCAUUGCACGGCUGUGAAACGGUUCUCUUUCGCGAGGAUCUGAUUGUCAACCCGAUUGUGUGCGGUGCCCUCGAGAACAAGAACAAGAGCGAGAAAGAAAGAGACAGAGAGAGAGAGAGAGAGAGGAAGAGAGAGAGAGAGAGAGAGAGAGAGAGAGGGAGCGAGAAAGACGGGCAGAUAGAGGGAGAGAAAGCAAGAGAAAGAGAGAGAGAGAGAGAGAGAAAGAAAGAGAGGCCGCCCGCUGGUUGUCCGUUCCGCUGCUCCACACUUUCCUCCCACCCAAGUGGUAUCAAUGUUGUCUGGCAAUGGUGUGUAAGGAGAACGUGGUAUCAUGGUUUGGGAAUCUGUCCAGUUAUAAACGUAUCGAUGUGAUGUGUACAUUACUGAACAUGUGCUUGCCGUUUGAAGUACGAUAUCUCGGCACAUGUGUCGAGGAUAUCGGUAAACGGGACUACAAUGAUCUACGUGACACGGAACACCACGCGAACAGCGCCUCCGAGCUGGCCGAGCUGACGACCUCCAGUGUGACGGAUAAGCGCACAAGGAGAAAACUGGCUCUCUACAUGGCAUUAUUGCACUCGUGCAACUACGCUUGUGCGGUGAUCCUGUACAAGAGUCUGUCGAACCUUGACCAUCAGGAGAUCACUAACCUGUUGAACGGGACCACCUUUAACGUGGACGACCAACCCCUGGAAGAGUUGCUGCUGCUGUAUACGAUGGCACUGAAUCACCCAGCCUUCACAUAUGAACAAAAGAGCGUAUUCGGCAACAUAUUCAUCAAGCUCCAGGAAGAAGAGGGUCGUCUGAAUCUUUCAAAGAUUAACUCUUCUUUUAAACCGACACAAGGUUGUACACCAUGCAUGAAUACGAACGAAAGAUUAAUGGAGCCUGAGAUACCAGGUAGCUGCUUAAUGCCGCCACCGCCAAUGCAAUCUUAUCAUGGAGAAAUGGGAAUGAGGAACAACGCUAUAGUUACCGGAGUACCACCUGGUCUCACGAUACCUCCACCAGGACUGUGCUUACCUAAUCCAGAGCAAAUGCCUAUGGGAUCCGGCGGUACUACGCAAUUCGUUCAUCUCGGUUUCCCAUCCAUGAAUCAUAUGCCUCCUUGGACAAGUCCGGUUAUGAUGGGAAAUCAGCUGAUGUAUCAUACCAGCGAUGUAUUGGCUUAUCCCCAUUCCCCUUUAGUCAGUCGCCAAUCCUCGCCAUCUCAGUCACGAUCUCCUAGUCGCAGUAACUCGCCGAUGGGUCGUGGCAGGACUAGUGCUAACUCGCGCGCAUCUUCGUCCUCGCAAUCUACCCAAUCCAACUCAACCAAUCUCACGUCGUCGAGUGUCACAAACAGCCAAACGAGCAACUCGAUUGCGAAUACUACUAGUAACAGUAACAACUCCCUGCCACCUCUACCAACGCCUGGUGCGAGCAGAAGUCUUCCUAGUCAAUCGCCAUUACUCCCAUCAUCGCGGUCCGUUCCCCUAUCUAAUACGAAUUCGUCGGGUUUCUCUCGGCAUAACAUCGACAACACUUCUCUAAUUUCGGCUAACCAAUUGAAACAGCCUCCACCACCACGGCUUAGGCCAUCCAACUCUGGUGAUUCUCUUCGAGAAACGGUGGGAAAAGAGACACCAAAUUAUAAAAGCAACUUGCAGAACUACUCUCGCGAUGAGAUCAGAAGAAUGAGUGACGAAGACUUAAGGGACAUUGGCUUGACACCAAAUGCUGUGGGUCAGUUGAGGAAUAUAGUUAAAAGUCAGACUAGCAAUGGCUUAAAUCAGAUUUCUACAGAUAAGAAGCUGGACAGCGUAAGCAAUACCUCACAUUCUCUCGCCGAAUCGAUUGAAAACGAGGCAUCAGGCAUGGAGUUUUUAGGUGAUUCAAGCAGUAAUACAAGCGGGAAAUCGAUGCCAUUACAAGAACAGCAUCCGGCAAUGCAUCAUUAUCACAAUCACAUGACUACUUUAAAUAUUCGACGAUAUCCUGGCCUACCGUCGAUAGAUCCUGCGCAAAUACAAAUGUAUCCUGCACCACCACCAAUGUAUACGACUCAGAACUCACCAUGUUAUGGUUGUCUCACUGUGCCAGUAGCUGGAAUGCAAAAUCGAUAUUCAAGAUGUAAUGCUCAGCACGUGUAUUGCCUUGGACAACUGCAGGCGCUGCGACUCGACUCCGAAAGUAGCCGGCACUGUUCCCAGAGCAGUAGUUCCGAUAGUACCGGCAGCAGAUCGCCUCCCGAGACGCCUCCGGCCGCGCCGUGGGUCAGUAACAACGGCGGUGGUGACAAUAACGUUGCACCGCCUGUUACUGAUCACAUGAGCUCCACGCCGGUGCAUUCCACGGCGACGGCGCCGCCACACGUCGUGUCAGCACCUCAGCAGUCGUCAAUGCAAUCGUCGGUGCCACCGGAGAGCAGGCAACUUACUCGAAAAAAUUCGCAGACGCGCACGAUGCGACAAAAGAGCCAAGGGAUACUGAACGGAGCCGGCAACGGAAACGGCGGACCGCCGAGUCUGUCGCAUUGUGUCUCCUUCCCGGCGCCACCGACGCACUCGCAGCUCACGUAUUUGCCGCACGGUCACUUCCCAGCGAUACGACCCAGUGGCGGCAUUUACUCCAACUUUUUACACGGGCCGUCCGCGCGACCAGCCUACCAACCGGCGUACCAACCGAAUGGCGAGAUUAUGUAUCCGUAUACAGGUCCCGCGUCCGGUAGCACUCCACCGCCGCCGCCAAACGCGGCCGCAGCGCCAGUACAAGCGUCAUACAUGCCACCAUCACCGGUGGUGACGUACGCAGCGGCGGUAAUACCGCAGCCAAAGAUCUCCUGUUAUAAUUGUGGCAGUAACAGUCACCUCGCGGUAGACUGUAAGGAUCAGACAAUGGAAGACAUUACGAAGAAAGCCCAAUACCGACUGGAUUAUACGAUAAUGAAGCAACCUGGGGAGUGCUCGAGUUCCGACAAGUGAUCCCCUGCCAUGGACCACCAUUCUGCUACCACUCGUCACAAUUCUCACCGCCACUGUAACCACAACUAUUGUCAUCAUUGUCAUCACCAAUAUCACCAUCGCCACGAUCAUCAUCACUGUUACCGUCACUGUCACGAUCACCAGCACACCUGUCGUUGUGAUCACCUAUAUGUCAGUGCGAGCCGAUUUAAGGACAAGACGUUGCGUGAUGACAACCACUAUCGUUCCUCCUUUCGCUUUUCGGUAAUUUUUCUAAACGCUCUAUUCUACAAUCGGAAUGAUAAUGACGAUGGUAAUGUAAAUAUCGACGCUGAUAAUGAUGAUGAGGUUGAUGAUAACGCCGAUGCCAAGUACGAUAAUGACAGCGACGAAAUUUUUCUAACUAAGGACAUUUCACGAUUUAUGGUACGAGGUAUACCUUUUGCAAGUUCUUAUGUAUGAUAGUGAUUGAAAAGUGAUCUAACUAAAUGUAAAAUAUAAUUUAGUAGUAUUGUACAAAGAAAGAGCAAAAGCGAAACGAGAGAUAAUUGAGAGACCGCAUUAUAUGAAACACAAUGUCUUGUUUGUGUUUCUUUUACUAGGACACGUUUCAAGAGACUUUUGGAUUAAAAAUAAUGAUUUAUGUCAGCGACACUUAUUGGCUACAUAUCGCUGUGACUUUCAUCUGCUCCUAUUUUCUCUCCCUAGAUUCUCUUAACGAGUAGCUAUAAAAAAAAUGUAAGGGAAAAGGAUAAAGAAUGUUCUGUGCCCCCAACAGAUAAGAAAGCGAAAAUUAUACGAGAUUCGACUAUAUUUAGUAAUCGAUACUUUAACUUCUAAUCUACUGUGUCUACGCUAUUACUAUUAAACUAUAAUUAUUACUUCUACUAUCGCUGUUGCGCCACGAUGUUUUUAUGUACAUAUAUUCUUCUCAAUUCUUACGUGCGCAAUGAUAACUUGUGAAAAAGAAGAAAAGCGUGUAAUAUAUACGUAAUAGUAUACAGUACGUCUGUUGUGUGUGCAACGUGUUCGCGUGCGUAUGUUUUGUGUAUGUGUGUACGCUUGAAGAGAAUAGAAUGCAAGGGGCAGAAAAACGAGAAAACGAUGAAAAGGGAGGAAAAGGGAAGCAAAUGGAAAAGAAAAAAUGGAAAUUCAUGAAGGAAUAACCUACCAAAAGUGUUCGAUCAUCUAGCUGUCGUUGCGCUCUUAUGUGUGUUGUGUUUCGCUUACGUGUGCAUGUGUCUAUACGCGUGUGAGCGCCUGUGUAAGUAUGUGUGUGCGCGCAUGUGUUUGUGGUAAAAUCAUGAAAUAUAUGUUAUAUGUAUCCUAUAUAUAUAUAUACAUAUAUAUAUAAUAUAUAUUUCGUAAUUAUACAUAUGUAUUUACUGCUCACAACUUGUUUCUUAUCUUGUACUUGUAGUUAGACAGUGAUUCUCAUAUUAUUUAUACACGAGUAGUCAUGCGAUUGCACGUGCAUUUGAAAACGAUUUUAUACGACUUUUAUCGAUUGCCGAUGUAUUUGAGCGUAAUCAACGUUAAGCUUUUUUACGCGUUUGGUUGCAGCAAUUAAUGUGUUAAGCGUGGUUAACUAAAUCCUUUGUACAUCUUUAUUUGUCUAUAUUAUGGAAUUGUCAUUUAAAAUAGAAGAAUUGCGCUGUCUUAAGAAAUAUAAAUUUUUAAGAGGCGUAUUUUUAUUGACGCAAAUUUUAGAAUAUUUUCAAAUUGACUCAGCAAAAUAUAUAAUUAUGAUAUAUAUUUUACAUCCUAAAAUUAAAAUUAUGUCAAUUUUUCUACCCUUUUUUAAAAACAUUACUUAUAGCAUUUGUUUGGUUUUUUAAACAAAACGUUCAGCAUAACAUACGUCUAUAAUUUUGUGAGGCAAGUUUUGGCACAUUUUUUUCUGAUUUGUGUUAUUAUGCAAUGGGUCUUGUUUAAUACAUCAAGAAACGAAAUGGAUUAGUUAACCAAAGCUGCAACAUUGUUGAUGCAAUGGACUCUUAGGGAGCAACAACGCAGGGUAAAACUGAAUAUGAAUGGAGUGACAGCCCGCUAGCAAAAUUGCUAGUGCAUUUAAAAUGAUUAUUCGGAUUUUCAUCAGCGAAUGCGAGACAACUCGAACCCUUUGUACAUGGACGAAUUUUUAUGAUUGAAUCUUAAAGACGAAAGGUCUUCUCCUCACAGAAUCAUAUAUUUUCUUGUACGAACGGUCAUAAUACGCAAAAGUGAUUUUUGAAAAAGAAAAACGUAAAAAUGAGAGAUAAUAGAUAGCAAUGAACGCGAUAGUUGAGAAAUAUAUUAACUAGAUAAAGAGAAAAAUGGAGGAAAUUGUGCUAUUUGUAAGCAAGUUACGAGAACGAUUAAAAUGGUAACACUAUAUAAUGUGUUGAUAAGCCAAAUCGGACAUUCUUGAUGGAUAUUCAAUGUGUUCUCAGAUUUUAUCUCAUUUUUUUCAAGAAAUUGUCAGACUUGUUUUUAUGACAAGGUGUUAUUGAAUAAAAUCAAAUUAUAUAUUGGUUAUUAUGGAAUAUAUCUCAAGUCAAAUAAAUUUUGUGUAAUAAAAAUACUUGUUUAAUUAUUAGAAGUUAUCAACAAAAAUCGCCUUUCCUAGUUGUGUAGAAAUAACAUUGUUGUUUCACAUUGACGUUACUGCGAUUUCCAUAAAGAGGUAGAUUGAGAAAUAGAUUAAAUGUCCGGUGAGGCUUCACGAUUUGCAAAUAAGCAAUUUUUUUCGAUCGAUUGAUUCGUGACAAAUUAUCUUUUUCAUUAUAUAACUGAGUUUUUUUAUUAAAUAUAUAUUAGGAAUGUAAUUAAGAAUGGAAAUUGCUUGAAAAUCAAGGCAUUAUAUAGAAAUUAUUUCAUAUUAAAUAUUAAAGGUUUUUGACAAAUUCGGCUUGUGAGGGGUGCAAAAAAGAAUAAAAUUUUAAAAUAUGUUUUUAAAAAAUAAAGCUUACUGUUGCCAAGAUAUAUUAAAUAAAAAAAUAAUAUACAUAUUAUAUAUAGUUUCACAUGAAGCAUUUGCUAAAGAAAAUCACUCUCUGUUCACAUUAUUCUUCACGCGUUCAUUAUAAGUCCGGAACAAAGACCGAUUAGAUAAUUCUUUUAUAUAUCCAUUAUAUACUUCACACUAAUUGUUUCCUAUAGUUUUCGUAUAUGCAGCAUUUUUUUGCAUUCGGGUAAAUUUCUGCGAGAAAAGAUCAACGACCGAAAUACUGUUCCUGGAAAAAUGUUGGCCCUAGGUUGUUUGUUACUAAAACCAGCCCCGAAUUAAUAUUAAAAGGGUUGAUGUAAUAUUAAAAGGAUUGGGCAUUAGAUAUUGCAGUUCCUGUUACUGUUAAAAAUUACAAGAAUGUUGGAAGGGCGGCUGUCGUGUAUAUACAAUUGCUAGAAAGAUUGAUAGAAAGGGGUUGAUCCUCGCGGUACUUUAUUUCUUUUUUCAAACAAUUACAAAUCCGAACAAAGCCAAUAACCAUGUUUCGACAUUGAUUUAUUAGAUAAUUUGUAUCGUUGUGAUUGCGUUUUUUUUGACAUAAUUUUAAGGUCAUAUUUUAAUUAAUUUGAAUCGUUUCGGCAUUGAAAUUUUUCUACAAAACUUAAAAGCACAAUGGUUGGAAAAUGAAGGAAAAGAGUACAAGACUCUAUCAAAUAAUAUAUCAAGGUUACUAGUUAAAAAUUUGAUAGAAGUCAAAAUAAUUGCUUUGACUUCUCGAGUGUUAAGACAAGUUGAUUACGUCCGUUGUUAAAUAUAUAUCAACAAAAUGUGUCGAACGAAAUUUGUAUAGCGACUGUGAAUAAUACAUUACUGUUCAUAAGUUGUGAAUAUGAAUGAAUUAAAAAAAAAGUUUAUAGAAAAAUGAAUCAAAAAGGAAACUCACGAGAUAUUCUAGAUUAGAUUACGCAUUUGUCACAAAAAUGUAAAGGGAGUACAAGAAAUGUAUAGUAAAAAAAAAAAAAAUAAAAUUAUAAAUAAAAGAAAAAGAUUUAGAACUUUAAGAGCGUACUCUUCUAAAGAAAUAAGAAAGCCUUACUUUUAAGUGCGUACAGCUUAUUGUUAGCAUGUAUUUAAUCUUUCGAAUACUUAAAUGUAAUUAUAUUCCUGUAAACGUAAUUAUAUUAUUGGAAAUACUUAAAUGUACUUUAUA